AUGAUCGACCUCGAGCUUCAGCGCAUCUCGCAUAUUGCCGACCAGAAGGAGAAGACUGGAGCGUUCAAGACGUUAUUAGACAACCAUCUGCAGGACGUGACCAGUCUCAAGACUAUCGUAACGCAUUUGCUGGGAGAAGAUGUGCCGCUCGUGAUCUCCCGUGCUGUGAUCACGCACUUGGCAUCGGUCGUUGGUGCCAUUGAUGUGGAGGCGCAUUCGUGGAAGCUCGAGUUCAUCUGUUUCUGCCUUACGAAGAUCAAGUCCCGCGUUCUGUCGUUCGAGGAGCCGGAUGUGCUGUUUCGCGAGUCGCUUGCGGCCAUGUACAUGGAUGAAGAAGAGUACAUUGAAGCUGCCAAGGCGCUGGCUGCCAUUAAUCUCGAGAGCUCGACCCGUCAGUACACGGACGUGGAGAAAAUUGAAAAGUACGUCAAGAUUGCGGAAUUGUAUCUACAGGAAGACGAGACCGUGGAUGCUGAGAACUUUAUCAAUCGCGCGUCGCGCUUCAUUCAUAACGUGGACGAUUGGGCGCUUCGUCUGCGCUUUCAGGUCUCGUAUGCGCGGAUUCUCGACUCGAAGCGCAAGUUCCUUGAUGCAGCGCUACGUUAUUAUGAGUUCUCGCAGUCCAAGCCGGACGAGGUGGACCCAGACGAUUUGUUGGAGCUCUUGAGCAAAGCUGUCACUUGCGCGAUUUUGGCUCCUGCUGGUCCGCAGCGAUCACGUCUUCUCGGCACGCUGUACAAAGACGAACGCGUGAAAAACAGUGAACACGUGGCAAUUCUGGAGAAAAUGUACAUGGAGCAGUUGAUCCGUCGACCAGAGCUUGUGCAGUUUGAACAAAGUUUGCUGCCGCACCAGAAAGCAGUGUUGCCGAACGGCUUCACGGUGCUCGAGAAUGCCUUCCUCGAGCACAAUCUGCUGGCUGCUAGUCGUGUUUACAGCAGCAUAUCGCUUGAAGAGCUGGGAAAACUGCUUGAGAUUGAACCGGUGAACGCUGAGCGCGUUGCAGCCACAAUGCUUGGUGAAGACCGCAUGAAAGGCAGCAUUGAUCAGCAGCUGGGAUUUCUGGAGUUCGAGAACACGGAAGACGGGGUCUUUGCUGCUUUUGAUACUCGGAUCAGCUCCGUGUGCUUCAACGUCAACCAGUGCGCUGAACAGAUUGAGCAGCAGUACCCAGACCUCGUGCGUCCACUUCUCGCUUCAACGUCAACGAGUGCACCAAGUUGUAACGGCAUCCCGACGUCGUGUGCAUACUAA